AUGGGUAACCGUGCCGCACUCGCCGCAGGGGCAACCAACGAGAGGUUGCCACGUCAAGCGGAAAAGCAGGGACGACGGUAUAAUGCAAUGAUCUAUGAUGCACUAUCAACCCUCAAGGAUCCAAAUGGAUCAAGUACUAGUGCAAUCGUUUGUUUCAUUGAGAAAAGGCAUGAGGUACCCCCAAAUUUUAGGAGGUUAUUAACUGCAAGGUUACGAAGGCUUGUUGCACAAGAGAAACUUGAAAAGGUCCAGAACUGCUAUCGACUUCGGAGGGAGGUACUGAGUGGAACCAAGGGCCCAAUACCAAAGCCCAAAGAGAACUGGCCCAGGCUAUCCAGCCCAUUCAACAGCCAUCUUGGUGAAACACUAGAAGAAGCAGCCGUUGCGGCUGCCUAUAAAGUCGCAGAAGCAGAAAACAAGUCGUUUGUGGCGGCAGAAGCUGUCAAAGAAGCUGAAAGGGUCUCCAAAAUGGCUGAAGAUACUGAAGCUUUUCUACAGCUGGCCAAAGAGGUCUACGAAAGAUGUUCGCGUGGUGAAGUGGUGAUGGUGGCAUAG